AGUGUGGUGUCCACUGUUAGAGGAGGGGGCGGACCGGAAGUGGGCGCCGCUGACGUGUCAAAACAACACCGCCAUUUUCCCAACGAGGAAACGCCUUAACGAGGCUCCAGCACUUUGUUCCGCACUUUUCAAGGCACUUUUCUCUGCUUUUACGACUCGUUACCUCACACCGUCACCAUGGGGAACAUGUUCGCCCAGCUCUUCAGCAUGUUCGGGAAGAAGGAGAUGAGGAUCCUGAUGGUGGGGCUGGAUGCUGCAGGGAAGACCACCAUUCUGUACAAACUCAAACUGGGAGAAAUAGUCACGACUAUUCCCACAAUAGGCUUUAAUGUGGAGACGGUGGAAUACAAGAACAUCAGUUUCACUGUGUGGGACGUGGGUGGUCAGGACAAAAUCCGUCCAUUGUGGCGUCAUUACUUUCAAAACACACAAGGCCUGAUCUUUGUGGUGGACAGUAACGACAAAGAGCGGUGCACUGAGGCACGUGAGGAGCUCAUGAGGAUGUUGGCCGAAGACGAGCUACGGAACGCCGUGCUGCUGGUGUUUGCCAACAAACAGGAUCUUCCUAACGCCAUGUCUGCAGCUGAGCUGACAGAGAAACUGAGCCUUCACUCUUUACGCAACAGGAACUGGUACAUCCAGGCCACCUGUGCCACCAAUGGAGAUGGCCUGUAUGAGGGAUUGGACUGGCUAUCGACCCAGCUGAAAAACAGCAAAUGAUGCCAGGUCCUGUGUCCAUAUAACCACCAAAUGUCUUUGUAUGUACUCAUACGGUGUUGAAAACCAAGCGACCUUGUCCCAGAGACUGGAAGCUGCCUUGACCUCAAAGCCCUUUUUAAAACGCAGUGGGGGUUAAGAUUCUUGUAAACAUUAUUUUACUGUAAAUAGAUGUGGUUAAAGGGGAGGAUUCUUGCACUCAAACUCAUUCUACUUUUGUCUUUCUCUUUUGGGGCAUCCUUUAGUUUUAAAUCAAAAGAGGAUUUAUAGAGAAUCACCAGCAGCACCUUGGACCCAUAAUUCAAUGCAAUCUGAUGUGACAGUGUAGGAAUGAACAGCGCUGGUUUGUACUGUAGACAAACAUCACAUUAUUAUUACUGCCCAACUUUGUUUUAGCGCCAUUUUUAAAUCAUGUGACAAGAUCUCAGGUUGUGUUGAGCAUUUAACAACACGCAUUUCUAGCCAAGCAGGUACCUGCCUCCUCCUCACUGGUUUGCACUGUGCAGAUGGAGUCGCGACGCCCCUCAUGUUUGUACUAAAGGCUUUAUCAAAUAUGAAUUUUAAUCAUUGCUCUUUUGUUUUGCUCAUUAUAGUCUCAUUAUAUAUUUUAUUUGAAGGUUAGGGACAUCUUAACGGCUUAGAACCUUUAAUCUAUAUACUUUUGCUUAUGUGUGGAUAAAAUGUCUUUAGUCUGAUGUUUGAAAACUUUUAUUUUGAUUUAUGUUCUGUUUGCAAUGUGAGAUAAGGCACUGUAAUUGAAGUGACUGGAUAUUUUCUGUAACUGAUUUCUGUAUUUUCUCUAUGCAAUAAAGUUGAUUAUUGAAAAAUAAAA